AUGGCGAAAGGCACUAUCACUACCAGCAACGUGACUUCCUGGGGUUCAUUGGCGCCGUGCCUAGAGACCCUCGAGUCGCACGUCGUUCUCGUCCAGGAGCAUCACCGACGGGACGAGGCGAAGCUCGCCGACCUGCAGCACGAGGUGCUGGAUCACGGGUUCGCGGGCAUCUGGGCGCCAGCAGUGGCAGGCCCCACCUCCGCGGAGGGCACUACGGGCGGCGUCGCGGUCUUGGCCCGCAAGAACAUCCCCGUCACGGCCCCGCCGCUGCUGCCCUCGGCGACACUGUGGCCAGGGCGACUGGUGGCCGCCCACGUGCACUGGGGAGUCCGUGGCGGCAUUGUCUUCGUGUCGGCCUACCUGGUCGACAGCGUUGGCAUGAACGACGUGAACCGAAGCAUCUUCGGCGCGCUCACUCGCUACCUCACGAAGCUCACGGCCUCGGGCAUCGAUUGGAUCGUCGGCGGCGACUUCAAUGGGCCUCCCAGCUGCCUGCCCCUGGCGCAGUUGGAAAAGGCGGGGGGCCUCUGGCUAGCGCCGUCGGCCGACACCUGCCGCCCACAGGCGGGCAGCGGCUCGGUGCUGGACUACUUUCUGGUCGGUGCAAACCUGGCCAGCCGCAUCUCGGCUCCGAGAGUGGAUGAGUUGGGCAUCACCUCCCCGCACCUCCCUGUCAACAUGGAGCUGCGUGCCGCCGACCUGGACAUGCGCGUGAGGAUCCCGAUCGCCCCCAGGGCGAUUCCAGCGGUGCCGCCCAUCGGCUGCAGCCGCGGUGUCGAGGACUGGGCGCCCACUUUGGCCCAGGUGCGCGCCACAACCAGCGCCGAGGAGCUGCCAGCAGCCUGGGACGCCGUCGUCAGCACCUUGGAGCAGGAGCUGUUGGACCGCUACGACCAGGUUGGCGAAGCGCGCAGGCGGUUCGAAGGACGUGCGGGGCCCAUUGCGACCAAGCUGGCGCCAGUCAAGUGGAAGCCGCAAGGGCAGCGUGUCCGAUUGGGGCCUGAUGUCAUCGCGGCCAAGGUCGCGGGCCGAUGGGCGCGUCACUUCAUGGGGGUCAGCGCGUUCCUCGCGAAGGCCAGCAGGAGGCUGCAAACCGCCAGCCUGCAGUGCUCCCUUGUCCCUGAGCAGUACCACGAGCUGGCGGACUUCGUCGCGAGGGCUUUGGAGUAUGGGCGCGUGGUUAUGGACAGCAAGAAGACGCUGGCACUGCUCCCGCAUUGGGUGAGGUCCUUCUUCGAGCAGGGCUUUCGCGUGAUCGGCAACACCGACUUCCUGGAGCAGGCGGGCCGCAUCGUCCAGUUCGCCAAGGACGCCCACGCGGACGCGCUCAAGGUCAGGCAGCAGAGCUGGAUCCAGUGGGCCAACGACAGCCUGCGGAACGGCGCUGGCAAGGCGCACCGCUUCACCAAGCUGCGGGCGAUGCAGGAGGUGCUGGCGCAAUGGCAGGGCACCCACACCGAGCUCACCACUGGACGGCUCGCCCAGACCUUCGUCCCGCAGCAGCAGGUCGCCAGCCAGCACCUGAUCUGCGACCGGGAGAUGAAGGCCUGGGAGGACGUCUGGUCGUGCCACAAGCUCGAGGCGCUGGAAAGGCCAGCUGACUUCGACGAAUGGGACGACCUCGAAGACCUCACCGUGGAGGCGCUGCAGCGGGCCGCCUGCAGCUUCCCCACCACCACGGCGCUCGGCCCAGCGCAGAUCGGUAUGCGCGCGCUCACCUUUCUCACGGACGACGGCGUUUACACCUGCGGCCAGCUCUUCAUGAAGUGCGAGGCGCUGGGGGCUUGGCCCAGCGAAAGGCUGUGGCACGCUAUGUGCCGCAUCCCCAAGGCCUCUGGCGGCUGCAGGCUGAUCACGCUGAUGCACUCGCUAAUCCGAUGGUGGUCGAGGGCUCGUGCCUCGACGUCCAAGGCGUGGCUGACGGCGCACCCCAAUGCCAGUAUUUGGGGCAUGGGCGGCGGCAGAUCUUCCUCCGACUCCGCCUUCGACCUCAACCUUGAGACGGAGGUAUCGGACUGCCUGGACGAGCACGUCGUAAUCGUCAUGCUGGACGCCUGGAAGUUCUUUGAGACGAUUAAGCCCGAGUGGCUACUCAUCGAGGCGCGGCUGCUGGGCAUGCCGCUGCGGUUGGUCUGGAUGUUGAUUGAGCUAUACAGGCAGCCGAGGCGGCUGCAAGCUUUCGGCUCGGUGUCCUACGCGGUCGUGUCACAUCAGGGCGUGCUCGCAGGAUGCACUCACGCCUGUGCCAUGGUCACCUUGCUCAUGUUCAGGCUGCUCGAGCAGGUGCGAGAUGCAGGCGUCACCCCGAGGGCCCUCAUCGACGACGUCACCUUGCAGUGGCGCGGGAGGCGGCUCUCGCAACUGGGCGUGCUUUGGGCGGCCACCACCAGGUUCCGCGAGGGCGCCCAGGAGCGAGGCAUUGUCGUGCAGCCCACCAAGUCGGGCUACUUGGUCUCAUCGGACGCGGCUGCUCGCGAGUGUGCCCGACACGCGGCGGCCCGCAAGCUGACCAAGAUGCGCUGGGCCCGCAACCUGGGGCACGAUCUGGGCGGGCGCAGAAUCGCUAGGCUCCAGACGGCAAAGCGGGUGCGGCAGCUCAAGGAGCGGCGCGGCAAGUUGGCAGCUUUCAAAGGGGCAGACGUCAGGAUGCAUCUGACCGGCGGCGUGCAACGCUGGCAGGCGAGGCAGAUCGCGGCGCACCACCGCCAGCACGGCGAGGUCAAGCCUUGGGUGCGGGCCAUGCGGCUCUGCGUGGGCGACGGGCGCGCGGCGUUGGCGGAGGGCCCGUCGGCCACCAGCCUGCGUCACCACUGGGCGACGGUGGCCUGGACGCAACAGGCCCAGCACGACCUUGGGCUGGCGGCGGCGCCGAAUUGCAGGGCCUGCGGACAUCCGUCCGACUCGCCUGGGCACAGAUUUUUCGGCUGCGAGGUACUCGUGCAGCCGCUCACAGAGGAGGAGCAGGACGAGCAGCUGCCGCCCGAGCCGAUGCAGGCCAUCCGCACCUUCAUGUGCGACAAAGGCCUGCAGGAGGGCGGCAGCUUCGAGAGCGCCGACUUCCAAAUGUGCUUGCCCUGCAUGCCGCCAUUCGUGCCGCCCGCCGCGGAGCAGGCCGAGGUGAAGUUCUGGGGCUGCUGGCCUAGCCAAGGGGCGGACACGGACAUGGAUGCGUACUUGGACCGAGGCCUCCACCCGCUGCUGUACUCUGGCAACAUGUGGGCCGACUGGUUCGCUCGGCAAGGAGCCAUGCAGCACACCGUGUCGAAGGUGUACGAGGAGUUCUACAACAUCGAGCUGCAACACUACAAGAGCCUGGCAAAGUACGUCGGCUGGGCGAUGCAGAGGACGAUGCACGCAGGCCGCUGGGAUGCGCCCGAGCAGACAGCCCGCCCGCCAAAGGUGCCCAAGGUGCAGGCGGCGACUGUGAUCAGCCACUCCCUGGUUCGCCUGAACGGGACGGCGGUGGUGCUGUGCCGCGCUUGCUGCAGGCAGACCAGCGGGCAGACGGGGCCCACAUGGACGCAGUUCGCGCGUUCAGCUUGCGAGGCCAGCCAGUACACCGCGCUGCGGGCCGAGGCCAUCAUCGCGCACGUCGGCGCGCAGCCCAUUGUGGUCUCGGAGGCGGGCGAGUUCGCUAUGCAGGCGAUCGAGCGCGCGGCGUGCCCCGAAGAUGCGGGGCCCAGGCCAGCCGAGCCUGCCCCCUGGGGCUCAGGGGACGGCACCAUCGAGAUGCAGGGGCACAGGCUGAGGCGCGCAGGGCCCACCAUCUACUGCGAGGUAUGCGUGGCGUGGGCGGCGACAGGCUCCUCACUGGCCCUGGCUGCGCCCUGCGCUGGCCCGCCCAGCGCCGAGGGCAAGAACCAGCGCACCUACCUGUCCAACCUCAGGGCGCGGCUCAAGAAGCUCAGCCAAGGGCUGCACCCCAAGACAGGAAAGGUGCUCACUUGGGGAGGUGCAGGCGAGGCUCCAGACGGCCCCAGAACAUGGGCCACAGCGGCGGCCAGCGCGGCCGCGGGCGACAUGGCCUCUGGGGGCGACGGCGCUGCAGAGCGGCCAAGCGGCAGGCACGCGCAGAAGGAACAGGGCGAGGCGACCAGGCCUGGCCAGGACCACGAGACGCGCGAGGUGCCUGCAGGGGCUGGAGGUUCCGACGCAGUCCAGACCAAGAAGCCUGCUUGGCGGGUGCGACGGCAGGAGCUCCUGGAACGGAUGCAGCGAAGGCAGCAGCAUCUGCUAGCCGAACGUGGUCCAGCAGCCGCCAGCGGCGCGCAGCGUGAUGAGGGAGACAUGGCCGACGGCAGCUUGCCCUCGGCCUAUGGAGCGCACCAAUGCCCCGACGGGGGCACCACUGGACUGGUGACGCUCCAGCCGCCGCCAGCUGCCCCAGACGUGGGGGUGGUCGAUGCCUGUCUGGCGGCGGGGCCGUCGCGGCUGCCUGCGCCCUUGAGGUGUGACCUGGCACACGAGGUGACGCUGACCACGGACCACCAGGAGGGCGCCGUGACCAGCCCUCAGGACAUGAGCAGCCCGCCGCAGCCGUUCUCGACUACCGAUAUGGCCAGCACCAGGGGUGGCAGGGGACCUGCAAAGUGCGGUCGCGAAUGCGGCCCCGCCCUGAGUGCUGGCAGGUCUGACAACUCGCAGCGGGCGCUGCCAGGCAUGGCCAGUGACAAGGGUGGCAGGAGGCCUGCAAGCCGCGACCCUGAGUGCGGCCCCACCUUGGGCACUGGCGGCGACGGCAGCCAGGCCCACCGCGUGCGGCGACGAUUUACGGCCUGGGCCAGGGGUGGCAGGGGACCUGCAAUGUGCGUGCGUGAGUGCGGCCCCGCCCUGAGCCCAGGAUGCGACGAGGACCGCGACGGCAAGGGUAUGGCCAGCGCCAGGGGUGGCAGGGGACCUGCAAAGUGCAGUCCUGUGUGCGGCCCCGCCCUGGGCACUGGCAGCGGGUCUCUGGAAGCGGCGUCGCCUGAGGAGGACCAGCGGCAGCCGCAGCUGGCUUCUGGGGAGGCGUGUCCACGUGCAGCUACGGCUGGUGCCAGGGGUGGCAGGGGACCUGCAGUUUGCGGUCCUGAGUGCGGCCCCGCCCUGAGCACCAGCACCCACCCCGAGCGGCGACGGAUUACGGCCUGGGCCAGGGGUGGCAGGGGACCUGCAAUGUGCGUGCGUGAGUGCGGCCCCGCCCUGAGCCCAGGAAGCGACGCGGACCGCGACGGCAUGUGCAUGGCCAGCACCAGGGGUGGCAGGGGACCUGCAAGUGCCGACCGUGUGUGCGGCCCCGCCCUGAGUGCUGGCAGAGUUGCGGUGGCUCGGCCUGAGCCAGCGCAGCCGAGGCGCAGCGUCGCGCCCAGGCUUGAGCUGCAGGUCGCUGGAUGGGCGCGGUACUGGACCCAGGCUCCCGAGGUCGGCGAGACGAUGGAGUGCUACAGCGAGUGGCUCGACCACUGCGUCGGCUACGUCACGCAGAUCCUGUCCCAGCCGCGCUUCGCCACCAGGCUGCGGGCGCGUGGGAGGACGGCCGAGGAUAUGGCCGAGGAGAUCUGCGAACGGGCCUGGGGGACUGGCAUGCCCGCGAGGCGGGCCUACUACAGGUGGCGCCACACGCUGACGCGGUCGCAGAGGAUCGUGUCGGACUGCAUGCGGCGCUACGACUACGUGUGCCUGCGGACGUGGCUGGCCGAGCUGCGGCGGGAAGGGCAGCCACCGCCCAUUGGCCCGCUCAGAGCGCCUUCGGAGGCGACGGAGAAGUGGUUGAAGGUCGGCCUCUCCUGGCACGGGCAGCCGCUGCGCGCUGCGCGGCGGUCUGGCCCCAGCGCGCCGCCCUUCGCGUCCGUCGACGUGAUCGGCAUCACUGGCCUCCCCUGA